AUGGUCUAUUUCGACUCGUGGGAUGAAUUUGCAGCAGCAGUUGAACAGUUGUGUGUAGCUGAGCCGAAAAAGGUUGGUAAUAGUUAGACUCAUUUUACACUCGAAAAAUACACGUGAAUUAAGAGAACAGAUGACGUGUAAAAGAGAAAGUUAUAUUUUUCAUGUUCUUCUUUUUAUUUCAGUUUCGGUUCGUCGUCAAGUAUCGCCAUUGUGAUGGGAAGCUUGUUCUUAAGGGAACAGAUGACCAAGUGGUAAAGUUGAAGUUAUAUUAAAUGAACAAUUACGACAACUUGAAAGUUCUUUUUUUGCAUUUAACAUUUGAAUGGAAAUAUUUGGGGAAAAGGGGUUCAGAGUUCUUGUUUGUUUUUGGCCAGAAAUAGACAUUGCUACAAUAGAGUUUAUUUCAGAAAUUCCUUCUUUUGAAAAUUCAGGGAAAACUGAAAGGUAAUGAUUAUCAGAAAGUGUCAUUCCUCUGUUAAUUAUCAUCAUCUUGCAGUGCUUGAAAUACAGAACAGAGCAACAACAGGAUAUAAAGAAACUAGAAAAGCUGAAUAGUGUUUUGAUGAGACAUACUGCAGCCAAGUGA